AUGAUUAGCUGUUAACUGUGGUCCAUGAUUAGCUGUUAGCUGUGUUCCAUGAUUAGCUGUUAGCUGUGUUCCAUGAUUAGGUGUUAACUGUGGUCCAUGAUUAGGUGUUAACUGUGGUCCAUGAUUAGGUCCAACAGUAACCAAACAAGAUGGAGAUGAAGUGCGUGCUGGUGUUCGUGUUGUUAACGACGACGUCAAUAUUAUGUGAUUUAAUUACUGAUGAAGAAGCAGCGAGACAAUUUUUUGAAGAUGUCAAUACCAAAUCAGAAGAAGUUAACUUCCGGUAUGUUUCGGCAGCAUGGACAUAUAAUACAAACAUUACCCAGGAAAAUCAAGAAGCAAUGGUAGCAGAAAGUUUAAGGUUAGCAGAGUUCGACCAGGAAGUAGCCCAUAAUGCAUCUCAAUUUUACUGGUCGAAUUUUACCGAUACCAAUCUAAGACGCAUAUUCUCCCGACUGGUGGAUAUCGGCACAGCAGCCAUGCCAGAUACAGCAAAAUUAGAAAGGUUAAAUCAGAUCCAAUCCGAGAUGAGGACUAUUUACAGCACAGGUCAAGUAUGUUUAUCAGAAUCAGAAUGUCUUCCUCUAGAUCCUGAUCUAACUCGACUAUUUGCUGAGUCCCGGGAUUAUGAUAGACUAUUAGCAGCGUGGCAGGGAUGGCGAGAUGUCAGCGGCAAGAAGAUGAAGGAUCUAUAUGAAGAAUUCGUUGCCCUUAGUAACGAGGCCAUUGUAGCUAAUGGAUAUGAAGAUACGGGAGCUUACUGGCGUUCUUGGUAUGACACGCCCACUUUCGAAGAAGAUCUCGUGGAUUUAUUUGAAACGUUGAAACCAUUAUAUGUCAAUCUACAUGCAUAUACGAGAAAUAAACUUAAAGAAUUUUAUGGUGCUGAUAAAUUCCCUUCUACUGGUCAAAUACCCGCACAUCUACUAGGUAAUAUGUGGGCACAGACAUGGAAUAAUCUUUAUGAUGUUUUGGAACCCUAUAAAAAUAAAGAUAGUAUUGACGUAACACCGGAAAUGAUACGCCAGAAUUUUACAGCUGUGAAAAUGUUUGAAGUUUCUGAUGAGUUCUUCGAAUCUCUUGGAAUGAUUAAAAUGCCUGACCGCUUCUGGAAUUAUUCUAUGUUAAGUAAACCGGAGGAUCGAGAUGUUGUCUGCCAUGCUUCCGCCUGGGAUUUCUACAAUAGACAAGACUUUAGGGUGAAACAAUGUACAGAGAUUAAUAUGGAAGACUUGAUAACAGUGCAUCAUGAAAUGGGCCAUAUUGAAUAUUACCUACAAUAUAAAGAUCAACCAGUCGUUUUCAGAGGGGGAGCUAAUCCUGGAUUCCAUGAAGCAGUUGGUGACGUCAUAUCUCUAUCUGUACAGACACCGAAACAUCUCGAGAAGAUUGAUUUAAUUCAAAAUGUUACUAACGAUAAUGAGGCGGAUAUUAACUUUUUAAUGAGGAUGGCUCUACAAAAGAUCGCCUUCUUACCAUUCGGUUAUUUAAUAGACCAAUGGAGAUGGAGUGUUUUUAGUGGAGAAACACCGAAAGAUAAAUAUAAUGAAAAAUGGUGGGAUCUUAGAUGUAAAUACCAGGGUGUAUCACCACCAGUUACCAGAACAGAAGAAGAUUUCGAUCCUGCAUCUAAAUUUCACAUUCCUAACAACACACCGUAUAUCAGGUAUUUUGUAAGUUUUGUGAUACAGUUUCAGUUCCAUAAAGCCCUGUGUAAUGCUGCUAGUCAAACUGGUCCAUUACAUCAGUGUGAUAUUUAUCAGAAUCAACAAGCUGGACAGUUACUCAGUGAAAUGUUGAAGCUAGGUUCAUCGCUGCCAUGGCCGGAAGCUAUGGUGAUGGUUUCAGGCGAAGAUAAAAUGAACGCUACUGCGUUAAUGGAAUAUUUCCAACCUUUAACAGAUUGGCUUCAAGAACAAAAUGGCGAUGAUAUUGGUUGGGAGGAUGCUUGUCCGGCAGCUGAUACCAAAGAUCCGUCAAGUUCUAAUAUGAAUUUCAUAUCCCUACCUUUAAUCAUGGCCGCUGUGUUGUAUUCGUUACUUAAAAUACGAAACUAAAAUAUAGAUUCUGUCCAUCCUUGCGUAUUCGUCAUCGUCCAUGAACAUUUAAAAACGAGAAAAUGAAGUUGAAAAUUUGAAUAUACCGAAACCCAAAGCCGCCAUAUUGCUUUAUGAUUUCAAUUUACAGAUAUAAUGAAAUCGGGUCUAACCAGUUUCGUCCCCCUGUGAAAAAAUUUUUGACCAUGAAAAAUAGAUAUUAUACAUUGUCCGUCAAUUUUACUGCACCCCUGAGAACACUUCCCGCCCUCCCCCCCCCCCCCCUCGUUGCUCUGAGCUACUUAUGGCCCUGUAUCUAGCGUCCUAAUAUUCUGCAUAUUAGGCUAGAGGAAAUGGUUUAUACUAGGAAUUUGUAGAAAGUGUAAAAAAUUUUAUAACGUUUUAUAUCAUUAUUGUCGAAGGUUUACUGAUUUUAUUUUUUUUUUAUUAUUAAAGAAUAACUUUCGUGAAUGAACGCAAUAUUGUUUUAAGUAUGCAUGCAUAGUAAAUGCACAUAUAAGAUUCAAAAAAGUGGGAUACACAUUACACACACAUACCGUAGGAACACACGUGUGUAGGUCAGAUCUAUUUGUUAAAGUUGCAAUUUCAUAUUUUUACGUUAUAUUUUUAAAAUUUAUUAAAAUAAAGCCCUAAAAUAGAUGGUAUCUAUAAACAAUCCUACCUUGUUAAAGAAUAAUCCUAUUAAUCCUAUAAUUCACUAUUGCCAGUUGAGAAAUUGGCAAAAAUAUCAUUUUCAUCUUCAAAUUCAAACGUUUGCAGAAAACUACUCCAUGGUGGAGAAUAGAAAACAAGGGGGGUAAUUGGGAGGUAAUUGUGUUAUUAUUUCCGGUGUAAAUGAGUUUUAAGUGUGAGAAUGACACCUAUGAUCGUAUAAUAGUGAGUUGACAACCUAUUGAGCAAAAGUCAUAGAAAUAAUUAUGUUUUGACUUUCUUAGAAAAUAUGAAAUUGUAACUUUAAGGCAAACUCAAUUUUCGCCAUAGUCGUUGAGAUUUAAAUACGGUUAGGACACGUGAUUAUUGGUGAGAUUGUAGGUUAGGGUUAGAGUCGACGUUAGGACUAGGUCCAGGGUUAGGGUUGGAAUUAGCGUUAGCCUUGUUUACAUCUAAUGACGUGUGACUAAACUUGAAAUUGGCCUUAUCAAAUAGACUUAGCUGGUGUUUAGGGCCUUAUAGUGCUCCUGUCUUGGAACUAGCUGGUAUCAAGAUUUUUUUCAGUGGCAUAAAAUACCUUGACAUACACAUUAUGUUUUUAUUUAACCUCCAUUAUGCAAGAGCUAAAUCUGCCUAUUACAGGUCUUUAUUUAGGCCUGAAAUGUUGUCUAAAUAAUUAAUUAGACAUUAAUUAACUUAUCCAGACCAUAAUCAACUCUCGAUGUCAUCGCUAGCCUGCGAUUUUUAUUGGAUUAGGUUCCGAUUUGCUGUUCGACUUCCAUUCAUAAUUUAACCAUGAAAUGAAUAAUCGAGACUAUGUUUUUUAUGGUUACGAAUUUAGUAAUGAUGUUGAUCUGAUCGAGGCUAGGCCUAAAAUUUAAUCGCAAAAUUCUCGGUUCACAGUGGAUCAAUUUUCAGCAAAUUCCCUUUAGAUUAUCUAGUUUUUAACAAUUAUAGUGAGAACUGCAAGCUCUUUGUUUAAUCUCCAAUAAUGUAUCUUUAAUGAUACACAUAUCAAUAAUUGUGGCUGGGUUAGGGUGAAGGAUAUCAUAAGUAAAUUGAUUCUAAAUGUUUGAUCAUAUGUUUUAUGGUUUGAAUUUGAUAAAACUUUCAAUGCUAUGCUGUUUUACGUUUCAAAAUAAUAUUUGCGUAUACAGUAUGGUUUUAUUUAUUAAAAUUUAAUUCACGGAGAUAAAUUGUAAUUAUUU